UCUCUGCUGAUGACAGAAGAGAUAACGUAUGGAAAAAGCCAAUUGGACCUCCCCCGUGGUGGGGUUCAUUCUCCUGGGCCUCUCCGCCCACCCAAAGCUGGAGAAAACAUUCUUUGUGCUCAUCCUGCUGAUGUACCUGGUGAUCCUGCUGGGCAACGGGGUCCUCAUCCUGGUGACCAUUCUAGACUCCCGCCUACACACGCCCAUGUACUUCUUCCUGGAGAACCUCUCCUUCCUGGACAUCUGCUACACGACCUCCUCGGUCCCACUGGUCCUGGAUGGCUUCCUGAAGGAGGAAACCAUUUCCUUCUCGGCCUGUGCUGUGCAGAUGUUCCUCUCCUUCGCCAUGGCAGGGACAGAGUGUGUGCUCCUAAGCAUGAUGGCGUUUGAUCGCUACGUGGCCAUCUGCAACCCCCUGAGGUACCCUGUGGUCAUGAGCAAGGCUGCCUACGUGCCCAUGGCUGCCAGCUCCUGGGCUAUUGGUGGUGCUGCUUCCAUGGUGCACACAUCCUUAACAAUACGGCUGCCCUUCUGCGGGGACAAUGUCAUCAACCACUUCACCUGUGAGAUCCUGGCUGUCCUCAAGUUGGCCUGUGCUGACAUCUCCACCAAUGUGAUCAGCAUGGGGUUGACCAAUGUGAUCUUCCUGGGGGUCCCGGUUCUGUUCAUCUCUGUCUCCUAUGUUCUCAUCAUUGCUACCAUCCUGAGGAUCCCGUCAGCUGAGGGGAGGAAAAAGGCCUUCUCCACCUGCUCGGCCCACCUCACAGUCGUGGUCAUCUUCUAUGGAACGUUAUUUUUUAUGUAUGCAAAGCCCAAGGCUAAAGACCCCCUGGGAGCAGACAAAGAGGACCUUUCAGACAAGCUCAUCCCUCUCUUCUAUGGGAUAGUGACCCCCAUGCUCAACCCCAUCAUCUAUAGCCUGAGGAACAAGGAUGUGAAGGGUGCUGUGAGGAACCUGGUGAGUUGGAAACACUUCACCCGGUGA